AUGGCAUACUCUCCUGAUAGGCUGGAGAAGGCCCGACGGCUCUUUCCAGGCCACACCCAAGCAGCCUUUGAGUGCGAAGACACCUAUCACUUGAGAAGCCGAAACAAGAGUACCACGUCUGUCAUGUCCUCCUGGAUUGACAAUGACAAGGAUGACGACUACACCCCCGAGCGAAGCUCUCGUUCGAAACGUCAAAUUCGCUCUGACAGAGAGGCUCGCUCGCGUGCUAGACCAGCCAAACGAGCCAGAAGUCACUCCCCUACCCCUACAUCCUCACUUGAUGCAGAUAACGAAGCAGAUGCACCGUGUUCCUCUUCUCCCGUCACUCCGGAAGACACUCCUGGCCAGUCAAAGUGGGAGACCUUCUGGCAACCUCAGAUUGAGCGAGAUCCUGAGAAGGCCUACUUCUUUCGAGCACGAAAGGAUGCUGCGGAUUCUCCGGGCAGUCCAGAUAUCGGCCACGACAACCAGUCGGGCCUCCCCGAAGAAAACAAUCCUGCGGCAAGAGGAUGUCUGGCUUGCCAAGAGCUGGACCUGGAGUGUUCGCUCGUUGAUGAUCCAUCUCACUAUCCUUGUGAAAACUGUCGUGAUGACGAGUGUGACUGCAUUCCUGAUCCACCACCUAUCUGGAAACGCCCGUGUGAACCAUGCAAGAGCAGACGUCGUUUACGCUGCUCGUAUCUCUCCGGGGACUAUGAUCACAGCCAGCCUUGCUGGGAAUGCCUUCAGCAUGGCUUCCAGUGUGUAGCUGGUCCAGCCAGAUGCCAGCCCACUGGUGAGCACCUCAUGGUGAGCACGGAGACAGAGACAACGGAUGAAUAUCACGAUGAUGGGACCCCGGAAGAGUCCAGCAGUGGCCCAGAGCAAAAUUCCAAGCCAAAGUCGAUGUUACAUGAGUCCGGCGGUAUCCUUCCAGCUACAACUGCAAGAAUCAAUCACUUCACUACCAGGGUGAGCCUGUCGUCAACACAGGGCCCAUCGAUUCAGGGUCCUCAUACACCCGCUGCCUCUGGGCUACCUCAAUGCCUUAUUCCCACCUUUGAUAACCUAUCCUCGAAUCCAUAUGGGACUUCCUACCGAAUUCGGACAUACUAUCCACACCCUCUCACCAUCCUGAGUCCGAACAGCCAGCUAUCGUGCCAUUGGUGCUCCAAUUUCGCAUAUGGAAUCGUCGGACUCGGUCCUCGAAACACGGAUAUUCUGGACUUCGAGACAGGCCGGCUGAUCGAGCUUAGCGACGGACACCAAGGGGAAGGGAAAGAACCAAGUCGUAUGUGCUGGGACUGUGCCCGGGAAAGACUGCAGAUCAUGCAAUGCUGUCACGAUUUCAUCUCUCCUCUGUUGAACCACAUGAACCCCCAUCUUCCCUACAAUCCCACAGGGGCAUAUUAUCAUCUUGCUCAGGCUCGUGCAGCCCUGCAGGAACCAUCGUCUCGAUGCUACGGCCAAUCAUUCCCACACGCUCCUCAGCCAUGGUGCAGUCUUUGCCAGGAGCCUGCUUUCUGGUCUUGUGACAGUGAUCAGACUGCCCAAGUUAGCUCCCAAGGACCCUUCCAGGAUGUGACCACUAUUCACAUUGGAUGCGGGCUGUUCCUCUGCCAUUACUGUGCUCACCAUGUGAACCAGUUCCGAGGUGAUCUUGAUCGAGUUGUGGCAUGGGGCAAGCAGGACCCUAAGAACAAGACGGAGUUCCGUGCUGAUGUGGAUUACAUUCUCAAGGGCUCAAAAGGGAAUUAUCUGCGCCGCCAGAUCUACAAGAGCUAG